AUAUCUGAAGUGCUUCCGGUUAAAAUGGCAACAAAGUCCGGGAUUAUCAAAAAAUCAAAAACAGAAGGAAGUGCUCGUCUUCGACGGACAAUAAGUGUUAAUCAUGCUGAUGCCAUUAAUAAAGAACAACAAAGGCAUAAGGAGAAUGAGCCGGAUAAACCGUAAGUUGUGCACACUUAUUUUUUCUAUUUGAAAAACACCUUGUUUACGCAGCCGGUGUUGCAUGAUUUUGACACUUGGCCUUGCGUCACGGUUCAAUUGCAGCAGAGGUAAAUCCCACGCAUUGACCAUUCUAGACUAUAAAUAGCUCUCACGCGUAUAUCAUGUAUCAUAAGAACCAAUCGCUACAGACUGCACGUGCACUAAUCCGUUUCUCAUUGAGGGAACAUUUUCAAUUUAAAAAACAAAUUAUGUGCCAACAUUAAACUUUGUUCACUUGUGCACUCCAGUUGACAGUACGAGUAUCUUAUGUGCAAUAUGUAAACUCUAUUGAGGUGCUUAUUCAAAAUUGUGCAGGAAACACUAUUUGCAAGUGUUUUAAACAAAGCGUGCAGUUCAUUAAGCAAUUUUAAUCCUUGGAAUUAAGGGAAAAUGUUGAUUGAAGACCAGGGAAUUUUGGAUGAUGUCCUCCAAAAAGGACUUGGAAAAGAGUCCAAUAAUUUUAUUGAAAGAACAGACAAUUACAGAUUCCACAAAAAACCUUCUUUUAGUGACAUUAACAACAAUUCUAAAAAUGAGAAAAUUUCAAAAAGUAUUUUCCAAAGAAGAUCUAAUGAAUGUGAUUCAAAAGAUGUGGACAGUGUCGAUUGUUUGAUUGCUUCAAAUCUAAACCCUGUUGCAACUUGCAAAAAGUGUGAUGAACAGAGUAAUCACAAUGAUGACAAAGUUGGAAAUAUUAAGUGUGAUUGUGGCAGUCUGUGUGAAAAACAGAUACAAAGAAGUGAAAAAACACCAAAAAUAAUUAAAGCUGAGAAAAGAAAAGAUGAAGAUCAUAAUGCUAAAGACAAUGACUUUUGGUCACAGUGGAUUCCAUCUUUUUUACAAGAACCAGAGUACACAUUGACAUCACUGAAAGGAAAGGGGUUAAUCCACCGACAUGCUGACUCAUUGUUUAGUACAGACAGUGGAUUCACAAAUUAUAGAGGACUACUGAAUCUUUGUAUUCUUCUGUUGGCACUUUCCAAUGCCAGAUUGUUCAUUGAAAAUUUAAUAAAAUAUGGAAUUUUGAUUGAUCCUGUCAAAGUCAUUCAUUACUUUCUACAAGAGCCAUACAGUUGGCCCAAUGCAUUACUCCUGCUGUCCGUUAAUAUCUACAUACUACUUAUAUACGGAACAGAAGUGUUAUUAUCCAAAGAAUGGCUGACAGAGAAGAUUGGGUUGAUUUUCAAUGUUAUCAACCUCCUCUUAUGUCUGAUUGUGCCAGCCACAGUGAUUCUGUAUCUCCACCCCAACCCAGGAUUUUCUGUGGUGACAUGUGGGAUCUCUAGUGUGGUUUUCUUAAAGCUAGUCUCUUAUGUCUGUGUCAAUAAAUGGUGUCGGCAAAAGAGGUCGGAGGUCAGGAAGUCCCAUCGCAGAAAAUCUGUCAGCAUGUCUGAACCAGUCAGUACAGCAGAUAUGAUGAAUGGAGAAAUUAAAACAGCUUAUGUUAGUUACCCAGAUAACCUCACAUUAAAUAACAUGUAUUACUUUAUUUGCACACCGACCCUGUGCUACGAGCUCAACUUUCCAAGAACUAUUAGAAUCAGGAAAAGGUUUCUGCUGAAAAGGAUAGUAGAAAUGAUGUUUUUGGCCCAGCUGAUGACUGGCCUGGUGCAACAGUGGAUCAUACCAACAGUCAACAAUUCACUGAAACCCCUGACAGACAUGGAAAUUCCUUUAGUGAUUGAAAGACUUCUAAAAUUAGCUGUUCCUAAUCACCUCAUUUGGUUGAUAUUCUUUUACUGGUUCUUCCAUUCUUGCCUAAAUGUAACAGCUGAACUUUUGCGAUUUGGAGACCGAGAAUUCUACAAAGAUUGGUGGAAUGCUGAUUCUAUCUCUGAAUUUUGGCAAAAUUGGAACGUUCCUGUCCACAGAUGGGCUCUCAGACAUCUAUACAAACCUCUUCUUCGACGAGGUGUUUCAAAACAAGUGGCCUCAGUGGCUGUGUUUGCUACCUCAGCUUUUUUCCACGAGUACUUAUUGAGUGUUCCUCUAAGGAUGUUCAGAGUAUGGGCAUUUUCUGCUAUGCUUUCUCAAGUACCUCUUGCGAUGAUGACAGCAAAAUUCUGUAAAGGCCGUCAUCAGGUUGGCAACAUGAUCGUCUGGAUGUCAUUGAUUGUGGGACAACCUAUUGCCAUUUUAGCAUAUGUCCAUGACUAUUACAUAGGAAAUGUGCUACUCUCUUUCAACAACUAGAGGCUGAAAAUUAUGAUCGAUGAAUGUACAAAUGUACCGGUAUGUGAGGUGUACCUGCCGACUGAUUUGAAGUGCCAUAAGUUUGUUAGUUUAGAAGAGGAAUAUUGUUAUGAUGUAACUGAAUUUAAUGUUUAAAUAAAAGUGAGAAAUGUGCUGUAAAAAUAAAAUUCUACUAUUAAAGAUUAAUUUACAAUUUGAUAUGGUGCAAAAUAUAAAAGAUGUUAACUUUAUUAUUAUUAUUAUUUGUACAUGUAAUUUUGUGUGUUUUAGGGGACCUUAUUUUUUGACGUAUGAAAUUUUUGUGAUGUUUUCCUAUAUAUAUAUAUUUUUUUUACAUCAUGUAGUUGUACUACAGUUGUUCUACAUCAGUAGAUGUAAAUUAAAGUAAUUGUAGGACAAAGUAAAAUUACAUAUAACAAUGUUUAUGUGCGUUUGUGUUGUACAUUUAAUGAUUUCCUCAUGCAUAAACUAUCCUUGUGUCAAAUUGUAUUAGCUCCCUCUCCCAAGAUCUGGGGCACAUCGUUUCCUUAUAGCUAUGACAUCAGUCUGUUCAUAACUUUGAUUUGGAUCAUAUCUUGUGAAUUCUAUACACAAUACACUUCAUGUUUGAACACAUAUGCUUCAGAUAUGCCGAGUGAGGUCAAUAUCAAGUGCAGGUCAUAGUUCACACAUGAAUUUUUUUUAUCAUACUGGUAUUGUAUACACAUGUAUAAAGUGCUUUGUCUUCUAAAACUUUACUAUCAGUAUUUUGUUGAAAUAGUGUAGCAUAAUAUGUUAUAAGAAUGGUAGCACUUUGUUUUCAGGUUUAAUGUCUCCUCUAGUCAAUAAUUGCGUUACAGUUCAAUUACAAAACAACCUGCUGAAAUAAGGGCAACUCAGGGGUGUAAUGAACAAAGGCUUUUUUUCAAAAAAUCGUGAAUGAUAAAACAAGGUAUAAAAUUACAUACAUGUACAUGUAGAUCUAGUUUGUCAUUGUUACUAGUUUUGGACAAGUUUUCUUUCAAGAUAUUGUAAACUAACUUUCAUUUGCAUGCGGGAAUUUUUUCGCAAGAUAUCACCCUUGCAAAUAUUUGUCACCGUGAAACGGUCCUUAAUGUCUCUCUUAAAUUUUUUUUUAGAUUAUCUCGGUCGUGAAAAUUAGUCGCCAUGAACUAGUUUAUCAUUAAACGAAUUCGAUGUAAAUAAAAGUUGUUGAUUAACAGUAAGCUGAAGCAGCUGAUAUUAUGGUUCAGUUUUAAAAUGUCCAGGUAGUCUUCAUAGAAUGUUGAAUGCAGGUACAUGUAUAUUCCAUAAUUAUUAGUCAUUGUGAUUUAAUUCCAUGCUGAUCUCAAAAGCUGUCUCCUAGAUGUACAAAUUGUACUGUAACUUAACGAGAGAGAAACAUAAUUUGAGAAAUUUAGAAAAUUGUACAAAUCAACAUUUACUUCUGUAUAUAUUAAUGUUCAUGUUUAUUCACAAAAUAUAUCUUGCAAAAUCAUAUAGAUGAAAAUCCAUCCAAGUAUAGCAUUCCUGAAAUUAUGUUCUUGCAAAUUGAUGCUAAACAACUUUGCUAAAUCUAGUUAGCUUUGUACAAUUUGCAUUUGUGUGUGAAUUUCUGUCAAUAAAAUUCCAAUUCUGCUAAGAUUGUAUUUGUAAUGUGCACACUGUAUAUGAAAAUGAAUAAAGUAAUACCCUAAUACUC